UAAGCGGCCAUAAACACAACAAACGAACAAGUGGAUCCCGUAGAUAAAUUGCGGUCCGUAGAUACAUACAUAGUACGGGGGAGCUCAUAAAGCGUGACUGCUUUGGCCCACGAUUCAUGCACUCAUUGUUCUUGGUCUUUGGGCCAUACCACGCGAACGCAUCUAGGGAUCACUUGCCGCGAUCGCCAGUGGAUCUGUAGCCCUGCUAAGCAGGAAAUGCGUAACUAAACGGGAAACAUAGUAGCCAGGAUCAAUUUCCGGGGGUGUCUUGGAUUGAUUAGUGAUGGAUGUGGGUGCGUAAAAGUUGGUUCCUUCUAAAGUUCGUGGUUCUCGAGUGUUUCAAAGAAAACCAGUGAGAAACAGACCAACCGUGAAUUGAUUGCUUAAGAAGUGCUUGCUUGAAUUAUACACAGAGUGAGGUAAAUAACCUUAACCUAAAAUUGGAAGAAAUUGCUAAAUUAUUGUGAAAUUAUGUUCGAAGCAGUGUUUAUGUUAGCCAGAUGAGAAUAGAAGACGCAGGCGCUGUGGUUCUCUCACGUCUCAUCUAAAUUGGCGCCAAUUUAAGAAUAUUCUGCACAAGAUCGCGAUUCCUCGAAUCCUAAUUGUUCAUUAUUAAUAAUUUAUGUAUGAUGGAAUAAUUCCGGGAUCUAAUUGUCUCAAGUUGAUAUUCGAAAAACUAUACUCGUACCAGUGCUUCCCUCUUAAUUGCCCAUAGUAUCGUUCCGCUGAAACCACAAACCAACAUCACUUGUAAGAUCACCAAAGAAGAAACGAACAAUUAGUAGAUAGGAAAGUUCGACAACGAAUAUCCAUCAUGAUAAGCCGUUUUUGCUCUAAUUUAAAUGGGGACGCAUACAGUACAUACUAAAGGCGAGUAGCUGCUAUGUGCUAGAGGUAUCUGUUAUCUAGAACGUGAAAUGAAUCACACAUUUUCGUAUUGUCGUCGGUCUAUUUGAAGACAUUAUAAUCACGGAAAGCUUUAGACUACCUUCACUCCGCUCUUAUAUACAUACAAGUCUGCUUAUAUGACUCAAAAACUUAUUUCGGACCUUUAUCGUAAUACAGAUAAUAAAUUGGCGUUCGCUAAAAUCAGUCAAGGGUCACGAAGGAACCAUUUUGCGACCAGCCACCAGAAAAAGACUAUUCGAUACACUCAUUCACGCUGCCAGGAAAUAGUUUAAUCGAUAAGAAUAUUUAUUAGUUGCUUCUAAUUGCACGGCGAGCAGUCAGUUUAUUCAACCUGUCCAUACACGGUAUCCUUAAUGGCUUUGACAUUUAACCAGCACAGGAAUAAUAACAACAACAAUAAAAUGAAGGACUCACUCCAUGAUAUCUCCUUGAAUUCUUCCCCGAUUGGUCAACAUGGAAACGGCAGUGUUCAAAACCAAAACAAAGUGCCAAGUGCCGGUAGUGUGUCCAUCGUGGACGCUAGUGUGGAAAAUACCGCGAAACGGAAGAGAUUCUACAAGCGAUUCAUCUUCAACAAAAAUAUCUUUUAUUCGAAACAUUCAAAAGUUUCUUCCUCGAAAAGUGCCAAAAGAAGUGAAAGUAAUGGAAAGUUGUCACAUGAGUUUUCGAAAAGUGAUGAAAAUCUUAUUCGAAUCCGGGUACCAUUCGAUAAUGUAGAUUGCGACUACCGCGCGUCCUGUAUAAGUCGAAUUCAUGUGGAAUACAAUCCUUCAAGUGAUGUUUGGGAAGAUGGUGACGCAGUUUUAGGUGAAGGAUAUAAUGAGAAAGCAGUCGAUGUUCCUGAGGAUUUUGUGAGAAAUCAAUGGAUAUGUCGGAGAAAAUGGAAAGCGGACAGUAGAGAUAAUAGACAUUCGGACUUCAGCAGGGAACUCCAGAGGGUUAACUGGAUCUCCUCCCAAACUUCACUCAAAUCUGGUUGUCAUUGUGGCGGUUCCAAUAAAAACUAUGAAUUAACUAAAAGUGUUAUUUCUGACAAAUCUUACAAAUCACGAAACCCUCCUCAAAUGGGUGCAGGCUGUUCGGUGGCAUGUUACUCCAAAUCCGUUGCACCUCAACGAUCCGAGUCACCUUUUGUACCGAACAAAAAAUCUCCAGGAAUUGUGCAGGUUACAACCAAAUCCCGUCCAUCGCCUGAAAGAAGACGCAACUCCUACACAAAUCUCCAACAACUCAAUCUUUUCGAUUCGCCAAAGAAUGAAUCCAGUUCAAUUCAAGAAAAUAAUAUCCUUUACCGACACAACUACGCAUAUAGCCCUAGACAUCAUAGCUCACUAUUGGAACUUUCGACCGUGAAAACCAAAUCCAAAACAUCCCCAAGGCCGGUUGCCUCGGAUAGUCAAUCGAUCAAACAUGCAGAGAACAGUGGUGGCAUCUUCAAAAAUCUUAGUGGAAGUGUACAAAAUUUAACGUUAUUCGGAGGUGAUCGAAGCCGUACGAAAAGUGCAAGUGAAAAUAAUUUGGCGCAUAUACCUAAAGAUAAGUUAAAUCGAAAAUCGAACUCAAUUAUCUUUGGUGAAAAUGCUAGUCUUUUAUCGAAUAAAUCGGAGACGGACUCUAAAUCCCGCGGUGGACUGAAGAAACUUUUUGAUUUACCGAGAUUGAAACGGAAUAAAGACAGACGAAAGAUGAUUCAAGAUAUCGAUGGCGGAUUCUUUGAGCGGUUUGGAUCGCUAUUGCGACAAAAAUCACAAAUGGAAGAAGUACACAUCACACCAUUGGCACCUUUACCCGAGGAAAUCGAUCACAUUGAGGAAGAUACCCUGGUUCAAGAUAUUGCUCCUAGAAUGUUAGAUGCCUCCUGCGAAGCCGAAAAUGAUAGUGGCACUGAAACUCUUAACGAAACAGACAGUGAGCCCGAUGAAAGGGAGAAACAUGAAAGCUUCAUUGGUGGUGUUGUUGGAAUGAAUAUUGACGAACUGUACGAAGAAAUCUUAUAUGAAGUACUGAAUGGAAUCGGCUGUGAAGCAUCAUCAGAUAUAUGUCAAGAAGCACUUUAUGAUUAUAUUCAAGAAGCAUUUAAAAUAACAAAUGAUCGGCACGAAGAAAUACUAGAGGCAGCAAGGAUCAAGGAGCCGCCAGAGAUCCGACUCAACGUUGAAGUCAUAAAAGCUGAAAAUUUAGUCCCGAAAGAUUCAAAUGGUUUCUCAGAUCCUUUUGUUACCCUGUAUCUGGAGUCGUGCGGAACCCAUCGCUACAACACAUCAGUCAAACCAGUCACAUUAAAUCCAUUAUGGGAGGAACAUUUUUCAUUAUCCAUUCCGGAGAACCCAAACAAUGAAAUUCUUGUCGUGGAAGUUUGGGACUUUGAUGCUGCCGAGACGGUCGGAGAAAAGCUCAACAAAUUUUUCGAAGUCAAAGGAAUUAGGGGUCUUCGUAAACUAAUGAAAGAAAUAGCAGUUACAGCAUCGACAGGGAAGCACGAUAAUGAAUUGAUUGGACGCACAGCCAUUCCAUUAAAGACAAUUCCUGCCUCUGGCAUUAAAGUAUGGUAUAAUCUCGAAAAAGGUGGCCGAACGAAAAGCCGCGGAUCAAUCCUGAUUCGAAUGAGUUUCAGUGCGGAGAAAAACAAUAGAGUAGCAGUCCAAGAGCACAAGCACUUACUAAGAAUCCUUCUAAUGCAUGAACUGGAAACAUCGAAAGUAGCGCCUUUCUGGUGGCGCGGCAAGUUCAGCCCACAGGGUGAAGUUGUCCUCACACAACAUUCAGCUCAAAGCAGCCUAAACGAGCAAGACUGUGCAUUGGCCCAGUGGUCAGUUUAUGCUGCUGUUCAUCAAGACCAUCACCUAUCAUUCGGUUUGUUCAUUUCAAUAUUGGAUAAAAUAGUUCCUGUUAUAGAAACAAUGCAACAAGAUAGUGAAGAUAUGAGAUCCUUCUGGGAGGGGGCCAAAAGACUGCUGCCGUCCUGCUUCUCAAUUAUUAGAAAAAUAAGAAAGAAGAAUGCCACUGACAAAAACACUAUGAAAAUGCUGAAUGAAGCUUUGGAGAUAAUUUCAAGGUUAGCCCUCUUGGAGCCCCCAGAAGGUACUGACCUAUUCCCUAAACAAAUAUAUGGAUGGAUCACUAGGGAAGGUGAUGAGCCAAAUUGUGAUAUACGUGAAACAAUGCGUGAUGCUGUGAAUUCUGGAGCUAUGGAAUGGUUCGAACAUAUCAAUGAUGGAAAUGAAUGUCCUAAGGGAAGUGACGAGGAACGCCUACAGCAUUUGAUAAAGUUAAUUCAACUGAUCAGAUCGGAUCUACAAAAGGCGAUAGAACUUUAUGAUCGACAGUUUCAACAAAAACUACGCUUCCAUUAUGCACAGACUCUUUAUCUAUUCUACGAAAAGAAAUUAGCAGAACAGGUGAAAACAGUAGUGGAGGAUGUUUGUCGAAAUAUCAAAAGGCUAAACAUUUCAGAGGACAAAAUGGAGAAGCUUCCUGACCUGGAUGAAAUUAAUAUGGGCACAACUUUAUUCGAACUUUAUUUAGUUUUGAAACGGUUCACGACUCUAGGCACCGCACUAUGUCCUGGUGUUGAGGACCUUAGUAUAAGUCAGUACUACCUAUGGUUCACAACUGGAGUGUCACAUUGGUUGGAUAUAUCUGUUUAUCGGGCUCUGACUAGAAUCGAAAAAGCGAUUGAUUUGGAUAAAUUAGUUCCUGUAGAUGAGACCGUAAAGUAUAGCUCGUCGGCUGUUGACACAUUGGCUAUAUUCUAUCAAAUUAAGAUAUUUUGGCAACAACUUGGCUGGCCUGAUGCCGAAGGAGCUUACAUGUUUGUUGGAAAAAUAGUUGAUGAUAUUUGUCGGUGCUGUGUCUAUUAUGCCGAUAAGAUGGCAAGAAGAGUCGAUGAAUUGUGCAUUGGAGCAAGCCAAGACGGGUUUGAAGUUACAAAAGAAUGGUGUCUGGCUAUAAACAAUAUCGAUUAUAUCCGACAAAGUUUACAGCCAUUCAUAAAGGAACUUGGCCUCGAUGAUAUCAUCGCUCGUCUUGCCGAAUACAGAAGUUCCUUGGAAGCAGAUCGUUGCGCUGAGACACUGAAAAACGUUGUGGAAAACGCGAUCGAUACCGAACGCAAUAAGAUUAUACAACUUAUUGAAGUCGUUGCUCGAAAAAUGUGUCCAGCAAUGAGAAGAUUCCUUGUUGAAGGAGCGGAAGUCCUACACGAAGGUUCACAUUCUAUGGAAAGGCUCCUCAUUUAUAUGGAAGAAUCAUUGAAAAUGCUGAACACAGAAUUGAACGAAGUGAACUUUGAAAGAAUAUUAGACGCUAUCUGGACUGAAUUGGCGACUGUUCUUUAUGAAGUUGUUCAAAGCAAUUUAGAUAAGAAACGACCGCCAGCAUUUUUCGCAAACCUGCGUGAUACUCUACACCUUAUGGUAACCAGCUUUAAACUGUCUCAAAACUCCACGAAUUCAGAUAAAGAAACAUUAGAGAAUAUAGAAAGGACAUUAGAGCUCCAUGCAUACGAAACAGCAGACUUAAUUCACCAGUAUUAUUUAGAAAGACUGAAGGACCAACAGAAUAUGGAAGAUUGUCCAUACGGCGAGCUGACCGUACGAUGCAAUUUCGUUAACAACAAGCUUGAGCUUGAAAUCAUGAAUGCAAGGAAUUUACUACCAAUGGAUUCCAACGGUAAUUGCGAUUCAUUUGUCAAGGUCCAUUUUAUGCCAUCAGAUAAGUUUGGAGGCAUCGGUACCCAGAAGACAGGGGUUCAGAAUAAGACAUUAUUCCCUCUAUAUGAUGAGAAGUUUGUAAUACCCCUUACUCCGGACCAGCUCCGAAUGCACACUGCUCUGCUGGUUUUUAGCGUUAAAGAUAAGGAUCUUUUCGGUAUGUCAAACCAAUACCUAGCUGAAUGUUACCUUUCAUUCGAAGACAUCGAAAAUUCCCAAGGAGAGCAAAUUCAUAUGAAAUUGAGCCGUCCUAUUUACAAAGACACUGACUGUGUACGUGCCUUAGAAUACCGAACGGGCGAUAAGCAAGCUCGUGACUUCAUUAAAAAAUUAAAACAGAAAUCGUCACACUGACAGGGUAUGAUCUCGUGGCUUCGAAACGAAUUCGAGACUAAAAGAAGAGCUAAACAUACUAAAAAUUUUAUAUUUUACCAAAAUGGAAAAAAAUGUCCAUCUCAUUGCAGUGGAGGUAGCGGAGAGCAAUAAAUAGAGAUAUUUUUUGUAUGUUAUUAUAGAGUAUACUGAUUUUAUUUAUUUUUAUUAGGUUUAUAAACAUAAAAAUAAACAAGAAAGCUAUUAAUGUACACGAU